AUGGCGAAAGUAGACAUCAAAUACACAAAGUUGUUUAUCAACAAUGAAUGGGUCGACGCUGUAAGCAAGAAAACCUUCCCCACCAUCAACCCGCAGGAUGAGAGCGUCAUCAUCCAAGUAGCCGAAGGUGACAAGGCUGACGUAGAUUUAGCAGUGGAAGCUGCGAACAAAGCAUUCCACCGUUACUCAGAAUGGCGUACCAUGGAUGCCUCCCAAAGAGGACGUCUCCUUUGGAAACUGGCGGACAUGCUAGACAGGGACUACAAAUAUUUGGCAGAGUUAGAGACAUUGGAUUGCGGCAAACCAGUGAAACAGGCCGAAGGAGAAGUGACAUGGUCGGCUAACAUUACCAGAUACUACGCAGGGAAAGCCGACAAGAUUUUAGGAAACACUAUUCCUGCUGAUGGCGAGGUUCUCUCUUUCACAAUGAAGGAACCCGUAGGCGUGUGCGGUCAAAUUUUGCCAUGGAACUAUCCCAUUCCCAUGUUCAUAUGGAAGAUUGCUCCCGCUUUAGCAGCAGGCUGUACUGUAGUUGUGAAGCCAGCAGAACAAACACCUCUGACUGCACUAGCCAUAGCAGCUUUGAUUAAAGAAGCAGGCUUCCCACCCGGUGUAGUGAACGUGAUCCCUGGCUAUGGAGAAACCGCUGGGGCUGCAUUGACUCAUCACCCUCGCGUAGACAAAGUUGCUUUCACUGGAUCAACUGAGGUCGGCCGUAUAAUUAUGAACAGCGCUGCCGUUACGAACAUAAAACGCGUAACUCUUGAACUCGGUGGAAAGAGUCCCCUGGUUAUUUUCAAUGACGCUGACGUGGAUGAAGCAGCAGAGAUUGCCCACCGCGCAGCGUUUAGCAAUGGUGGCCAAUGUUGCGUCGCUGGUACGAGGACUUACGUACAGUCUGGCAUCUACGAUAAAUUCAUCGCUAAGGCGGCGGAAAUAGCAAAGAAAAGGACUGUUGGAAAUCCUUACACUAAUGUGCAGCAGGGACCACAGAUCGACUCAGAAAUGUUUAAAAAAGUGAUGGGAUACAUCGAAGUUGGCAAGAAGUCCGGCGCUCGCUGCAUCGCAGGUGGUAACCGCCAAGGCAAUGUGGGCUACUACAUUCAGCCCACAGUUUUCGCUGAUGUGAAAGAUGACAUGAAAAUCGCGAAGGAGGAGAUUUUCGGACCAGUGCAGAGCAUCCUGAAGUUUGAUACUUUCGAAGAAAUCGUUGACCGCGCUAACGACUCCAACUAUGGACUGGGAGCUGGUGUUAUCACAAAGGAUUUGACUACAGCCAUGUCCUUUGCUAAACAUGUACGCGCUGGCUCAAUGUGGAUCAACACCUACGAACACGUAGCACCCCAAACUCCAUUUGGCGGCUUCAGAGAGUCGGGCAUUGGCCCCCCCCCGCCCCCCCGCGCACCCCCCCCCCCCCCCCCCCCCCCCGUCACCAACAUCAUAGUCGAACCCCCUCACAAGGGAUCUCUCCCUGGACAGUGCCACAAGUGCCAAUUGUAUGGACACGCGGCACGCAACUGCUUCGCCAAGCCCAGGUGCGUCAAGUGCCUAGGCGAUCAUGGCACUCCCGAUUGUCCCAGACCAAGGGACAAAGCACUCCUCACCAAUUUCGGCCCCCCCGCCUGCGUACUCUGCCAGACAGAAGGACACACGGCCAACUACCUAGAUACGCCCGCGCUCACGCAUCUCGAGGCCUCCGUCUGUCAGCUGGCUUUAACCGGCCACUCUCCUAUCACCAUAGCAUCAGUUUACCUCCCUUGUAGACCAACCGCAUUAAUAUUGCAAUCAGAUUUUGAGGCCCUCUUCUCCAUAGGAGGAGCCACCAUCCUAGCUGGCGACUUCAACAGCAAGCACACCCGAUGGAACUCGACACGUACCAACAGUCGAGGCACCGCACUCGACUCGCUAUCCGACAGGCUCGACUUUGAAGUCGCUGCCCCCGUCGAACAUACGCGCUUUCCAUACGUAGAGGGACACACAUCGGAUGUGCUUGACAUUGCACUCGUCAAAAACAUCAGUCUCUCCUUAUGCGAACCGGAAGUGAUACACGAGCUUCACUCCGAUCACCGACCAGUUCUCCUCCGGCUAGGGCCUUCAGCAACAGCCGCUCCCUUAACCAAAACCGUCAUCAGCUGGCAUAAAAUCAGAUCUAAAUUUAACGAACCUAAUCCUCCACAACUAGAGUCAAUCCCUAGAGAAUUAAAUACCAAACAGGACACGGAAACCGCAAUUCGAGCCCUCACAAGCCACGUCAACACCGUCGUCGAGCAAUGCUCGAGACAGGUUCCAGCGAUGGAAGACCAUCGCUGGGCCCUGCCAGACGAUGUGCGAGACUUGCUGAGACGCAAGAAUGCGGCCACUCGAGCCUAUGAUAGAUAUCCCACCGACUCGAAUCGUAGACUGCUACGUAAAUUGCAGCGUGAGGUCAAAACACGCAUAGCAGACUCACGAAACGAACGAUGGGAUUCCACCCUAGCUUCAGUAAAACCAUCCCACGUAGCCUUCUGGAAACUUCCCAAAUCCCUCAAGGGUAACGGCAUAACAACCAUGCCGCCACUAGUCCGUCCGAUAGGCACACCAGCAAUGCUGGACGAAGAGAAGGCCGAAUGCCUGGCUGACAGACUAGAGUCUCAAUGCUCCCCCAGUCUGCUUCCGAUCGACCCCGAACACCUCCGCAAGGUGAACGAAGAGGUAGAAAGGAAAGCUCUAGAGCCACUCCGCGAUCCCGUUCCCCCGGUCACGUGCCUAGAACUAGUAGAGACCAUUAAAAAACUACGCCCCCGAAAAGCACCAGGCUCAGAUGGAAUCACCAAUAAGAGUGGAAGGAAGCCGAUGUCA